AUGGGCGCCUAUCUCUAUGGGCGCCUAUCUCUAUGGGCGCCUACCUCUAGGGGCGCCUAUCUCUAUGGGCGUCUAUCUCUAUGGGCGCCUAUCUCUAUGGGCGCCUAUCUCUAUGGGCGCCUAUCUCUAUGGGCGCCUAUCUCUAUGGGCGCCUAUCUCUAUGGGCGCCUAUCUCUAUGGGCGCCUAUCUCUAUGGGCGCCUAUCUCUAUGGGCGCCUAUCUCUAUGGGCGCCUAUCUCUAUGGGCGCCUAUCUCUACGGGCGCCUAUCUCUAGUGGCGCCUAUCUCUAGGGGCGCCUAUCUCUAUGGGCGCCUAUCUCUAGGAGCGUCUAUCUCUAAGGGCGCAUAUCUCUAUGGGCGCCUAUCUCUAUGGGCGCCUAUCUCUAUGGGCGCCUAUCUCUAUGGGCGCCUAUCUCUAUGGGCGCCUAUCUCUAUGGGCGCCUAUCUCUAUGGGCGCCUAUCUAUAUGGGCGCCUAUCUCUAUGGGCGCCUAUCUCUAUGGGCGCCUAUCUCUAUGGGCGCCUAUCUCUAUGGGCGCCUAUCUCUAUGGGCGCCUAUCUCUAUGGGCGCCAAUCUCUAUGGGCGCCUAUCUCUAUGGGCGCAUAUCUCUAUGGGCGCCUAUCUCUAUGGGCGCAUAUCUCUAUGGGCGCCUAUCUCUAUGGGCGCCUAUCUCUAUGGGCGCGGCACCUAUCUCUAUGGGCGCCUAUCUCUAUGGGCGCCUAUCUCUAGGGGCGGCUAUCUCUAUGGGCGUCUAUCUCAAGGGGCGCCUAUCUCUAGGGGUGCCUAUCUCUAUGGGCGCCUAUCUCUAUGGGCGCCGAUCUCUAUGGGCGGCUAUCUCUAUGGGCGCUUAUCUCUAUGGGCGCCUAUCUCUAUGGGCGCCUAUCUCUAUGGGCGCCUAUCUCUAUGGGCGCCUAUCUCUAGGGGCGCCUAUCUCUAGUGGCGCCUAUCUCUAG